AUGAAUACCUGUAAAUUCUAUGAUCUUAAUAUUCGAAGUUUAACAGAUUCUUACACCUAUAAAAUUUCAUAUUACUUUGAAGGCAUAAAUGAUUUCCUAUCAGAGGACUUAAUUGUUAGUUUUGAAGUUAUAUCAGGAGAGCCAUUGUGUUUACUCCCCUUUGUCGACUUCUCGUCUUAUCACGAUUCUUCAGAGUUCUUUGAUGUAGCGGUUAAAGUCAUUAAUACUCAAAAUGAACAUGAUGUAGUAGCCGCUGCCACAUCUCCCUGGAUCAAGACCCUUUUUACAGCUGAAAUGAGAGACUAUAAUAAAGAAGAUGUAAUCAUACGUGGUAUAUACCUGGAAAUCUUUGAAAAGAUUCUCAUCUUUAUACACUCUUCCGUGUAUGACGUGAAAGACAUAUAUGAAGUCUCCGAGAUUACUAAAGCAGUUGACCAACUUGAAUUAUCUAUCAUUUGCAAUAUUAUGUUUCGUUACUUGAGAUCAAAUAUAGACAUCACCAACAUGUGGCCAGUCUGGGACUUGGCAGUCAAGUACGAAUGUAAAGAAACUGAGAUUGCAUAUCAGAAAAUUACUGUGAUAAAGGUUCUUCAAAUUGACCAUCUUUCCCCGCCUGUUCCUGAACAAGAUAUCUAUAAUUCCAUUCUAUCAUGGAGACAAAAUGCUAUUUCUGAUACCAAGUCAAGAAUUCCCAAAACUGUCAACCCGAACACAUUUACUGAUUCCGCAAUUGUGAAUCAAAACAAUUCAAAGGAGACAAAGAAGUCAUUGAAAUCUUUAGAAAAGAUCGAAAAGGCAUUUAUUGAGAUGAUCCAGCUCAUUAGAUUUAGUCAGAUGUCUUUGGAGUAUUUAUUAAGAGACGUUAAGACAAACGAGAUACUCACAAAAACAGACAUUUGUAUGUCUUCAAUUUCUCAAGCAAUAUCCUCAAUUAUCUGCAAUAAUCUAUGUGCCGACUCUCGAAAUGCUUAA